CAACAGGAACGUAUCAGGCUAAUGAAGACUCCUCGGAGGAAGCCUUUUGCUGUCAGGAUGUACUGUCAGAGGACUCAAGCACAUCAUGCCCAGCUCAGAUGCACAUAGCUUAAUUGGACUGCAAAGACAGAUAGACACACCGGUGCGAAACUUCCAAAUGUGCCUAAAAACACAGAACUGAAGACUAGUGAGAAUGAUUGACUUAGCUGUGGGUUUUGAUGCAUCAUCGAAGUGAAGCCAAAAGGUCCACCAUUCCAGUUAGACUGAGUUUUCUGUUUUCAAACAUUUUGUGAAUGAAGUCACAUGUUUCUACUGCAGAUGAGUAUUAUUCUAUUACAAGACACAUUUGGCAAUGAAUAACUCUUCAACGACCGUGCCUCCUGUUGACAAAAGUAAUGCAGUUGCGGGAUUUGUUCUAGUGCCUUUCUUUCUUCUGACACUAAUUGGAUUCACUGUUGCUAUGGUGAUGUACAUUCAGAAGAGACGCAGGUUAGACAAGCUUAGACAUCAGCUACUUCCUGUUUAUACCUAUGAUCCCACUGAGGAAAUGAACGAAGCUGAGGAAGAGCUUCUCUUGGAUAGUGAUGAACCUAAGGUUGUGCAAGGCUGGGGGACAUCACAACAAUAUAGAAGAACAUUUUUCACAAAGAGUAUGAAAGCUUGAUCCUUCCGUUAUAGUUUUGAUUCAGUACAUUCAAAGGCAAUUGUUGAUCCAUAUGUUUUCACAGAUGAAUGGCUACAAAGUACUGUUUGUAAAACUGGUGUGCAGAAGUGAAACAUGCCAAAUACCAGAUGACUUCGUACAUACAAGUGAAAUUUCUAAGAAAAUGACACAUUUGAUGCAAAUAUGGAAGCAGCAGUCUAUUUUAUUUACCUUACAGAGACCCAGCUGGGUUACAGUUAUGCUGCGCAUACAUACAAGAGGUAGUAUUGAUCUCAGGCAAGUCAGUGCAUUAAAUAUAGAUGCACAAAAUAUUAAGAGAUUUAUUUUUUUCAAGAUUUUUGUUUCUAAUUUUAAUUUUAAUGUAUAAUUAAUUACAAUAUAAAUGAGAGGGUUUUAGCCAGUGGGGUCCCUAUAAAAGUGACAGCAGGAUUUGUGGGUUCUUUGGUGUAUUGGGUAUAAUUUAGUUUGGUGAUGUUUAGUCAGAUUCUGUAUACAGAAUCUGAUAUAAAAUUUGUUUAUAUGAAUGCAUAAGUUUUGAAAGGUCAAUGUCGUGCUGGAAAAUAAGUUGGCAGUUUUGUUGAGGCUUAUACUGAUGUGUAUUUACAUAUUAAACCAUGUUCUCCCUUGAACAGUUACUGAUUUACUGAGACCCUGAAUAAAGUGUUUGUGGAGAGUCCUCAGCUCAAAGAAA